AUGAUGGAAAAAAGCUCGAGUCGGUCGUUUUUGGAGCGCCACAAGCCGUCAUUAUUAGUCCUGACCUCUCAGAUAUCAGCUGCAGCACUUAAUGGUCUGGCAAAAUUCCUUGAGACUGGCGACGCGCCAGUUCAUCCUUUUCAAGUCCUCUUCGUUCGAUUCCUCAUCACCGGUAUUGGAUCGACGCUACUCCUAUGGCGUACCCAAGAUCCCAACUUCCCAUGGGGGAUGCCAGAACUGAGACCGCUCUUGGCCUUGAGAGCAAUGGCUGGAGUGUUUGGGGCUUUUGGAUUUUACUUCUCCAUUAUGUAUCUCAAGCUUAGUGAAGCUACUGCGUUAAACUUUCUUGGGCCACUUGCAGCCAUGAUCUUGACGAGAUACCUGGAUUUUGGGACCUUCGAGGUGGUCGAUCGUGUCGGGGCUCUCGUUGCGCUACUGGGCGUUAUACUAGUCGUGCAACCAGACGGCCUAUUUGACCAUGAAGCAGCCAUGAUCAGCGCCACACAAACUGUCACAGAUGGUGGCACAAAAGGGCGUAUGAUGGGCUUUGGCUUCGGUUUGUUAAGCGUCUGUGUAGGAGCAGCUGCAUUAACUGCAAUCCGAUGCAUUGGCCAACGCGCGCAUCCUCUGCUGAGCGUCAAUUACUUCUCUUGGACAGUUGUUUCUAUCACAACAAUUUCAUUUUUCCUUAUGAAAAGCAUUCAUCUGACUAGGAGUCCCAUAGCCUGGCUGAAGUUGAUGCCACUUGGUAUAUUCGGUUUCACGAUGGAAUACUUACUGACCGCAGGAAUCGCCAAUGAUUCCUCUUCAGCAGCCACAAUUAUGAUUUACUCCCAGGUUCUGUGGGCAUUGCUUUUGGACUGGGUAAUCUGGCGCGCCAGUGUCAAUUUACUGGCAAUGAUCGGAAUCGCAAGUGUUGUUGCGAGUCUGUUUCUGGUGACAUCUGCAAAGGAAUUGGCUUGGCUCUGGGAAAGCAAGCAUCAAGCACUUGAGCAGACCGUUUCUAAUGAAGAGCUAGACGAAGAACUAGCUGAGAUGAGGCCUGCUCUUUCAGUGUAA